AUGCACUUCUCUUGGGCUACUGUAGUGCUGGUUGCUGCUGCUUAUCAAUUAACUGUCGCUGUUGCUCCUUAUACAAUCCCAGGCUCUAGUAUUACUGUCACAGACAACUCAAAUACUCGACCUCUCAAAAGUAGUCCCAAGCCUGUCUUUCCACAAAAGGAACUAAAGCCUGCUCAGACCCCUGCAAAUGCAAUUGGCUUUAAGCAGGACCACAUUGAUCCAAAAAAACAUACCUCGGCUCCAUUAUCAGGCCAAAUUAAAAAAGAAUCGUUGAGCAGUAUUGAUGAAAAGCCACUUGCAAAGCUGGACUCAUUUGAUAUCGAUAGUGUGAUUCAGCAACGAGAGCGAUUGAUUCAGCAAGUAAAUCAAGAAAAAGAUCGUUUGGAGUGGGAAAACGAAAAUGGUCGUAAUGACGGUGCUAUCGAGCUUAUCAACACAAGAAUCAAACGAAUUACAUUAUUGGAGGAUGUUAUUCGAUCAUCUCUAGAUAUAUACAAGGAAAUUGUUCAAAACCAAAAUGUUUCUACAAUCGAUCGUAUGAUGGAGAAAGAAAGUCUUAUGAUUGUGAACGAAUUUCAAAAGCUUGUUUUGAGAGCCAAAAAUGAUCAUCUUGCUAUCCAGGAAACAAAAAAAGAAGCUGACAAAAACACAAAACUGAAGCAAAGUCAAGAUCCAGCAUCACCGCACAGUCCGUUAUCUGGAAGCAACAGUCCAACAGAGACCCCAGUUAUUGGAAAAGCAGCUUCAAAGAUAGUAGAAAAUGUUAUCGACGGAGUAUCAAAAGAAGCAGAUAAACUGGAGUCGAGUUUAAAAGGUGACUCUUUUAUUGAAAGCCAAAAGUCUGAAGGGACCACUGUAGAGACUGUUCUAAAAGUACAAGACACGAGCAAAGGGUCUGGAAAUUCAACCAUCCCAUCACAUAAUGAGCCGGAUGCUCCAACACUAAUAGACUCCCAUAACAAUCAAUAUGUACUUUCUAAAUCUGGAGAUACGACUGCACAUGUUGAAGGAGUUUUGCUGGGCCCUCCGGGUUAUAUCAAAAAUGCAGUUCAGGUUGAAACGAUUGCUCGUGGUCUUGGUGUGAUUUUCAUUAUGAUUUUUCUUGGUCUCGAGUUUAAUAUCACAAAAAUCAAAAAGGUGUGGACUGUCAGCAUUGGCGGGUCUGCUCUUUUACUUUUUCUUACCGAGCUUUGUGUAGUUUUUAUUGGAAAUAAGUUUGGAAGUCGGCCCUCGGAAUCUCUUGUUGUUGGUGCUUCACUUUUUUUGAGCAGCACCGUGGUUGUUCUUAAUUUUAUGAAGGCUGGAGAAGUAGAAACUCAAUACGGCCGUAAUAUACUUGGCGUUCUUAUUGCUCAGGACGUGCUUUUGGGAUUUUUCCUAGCACUCAUGCCUGCGUUAAAAUCAUCUGGCACAGAUGCCGUGUAUACUGUAUGCAUUCUUUGUCUAUCACUAGCGGGUUUUCUAUGUACAUGUCUUAUCUUGUAUUUUCCAGCAAUCUGUAUGCUGCAAUGGCUUCUUCCAACAAGUGAAUCUGGCCAAGAGAUUUAUCUUUUAUCAAGUAUUGGGUUCUGCCUGAUCAUCAUCCAAGUAGGCAGCUAUUUUGGACAGUCCAUGGAACUUUGCUGUUUUGUAGCAGGUGUAAUGAUCUCCACACGCAAGUCACUUGGUAAUGCAACUGCACAUGUAGCAGAGCCACUUCGAGGCAUGUUUGCUGCGCUCUUCUUUGCAUCUAUAGGACUGCACAUAUAUCCAUCGUUCUUGCUGAAUGAGGGGCUACUGCUUAUAUCAUUGACGUUUUUGGUUGUAGCGAUCAAGAUUGCUCUUGCUAUAGUUGUUUUCAAGGCUGUUUUUAGGUUUUCUUGGUCAACUUCCAUGACGGUUGCAAUUGGCUUGGGGCAAAUGUCUGAAUUCACAUUUGUGCUCGCAUCUAAAGCUAAAAGUCUCGAUCUGGUGACUCGAGAAACCUUUUACAUCAUGCUAGGUGUUACAACGCUGUCUAUGGUAGCAUCUCCAGCACUCUGGUACCUCGGUGGUUACCUUGAUGGGCGUCGCUCCAAAUCUGAAUUAGUAUUGAAAAAGGAAAAGAAGCCAGAAUCGGAUGACGAACUACAAGUCCUUAUAGAGUAG